UUUAAAAAAGGAAAGCUGAAAUAAUAAUAAAAUAAAAGUACGACCACCACAAUAUAAACAUUUCCCCUACUUUUCCUUCCUUUUCCAUUCCUCCCUCUUUAACGCUACUGCUUAAUCAUACACCUCGUCCUCUUCUCUAUUUCGUGUUUCAAUCCGUAGAUAAAUUAUUGGCUUUUGAGGUGGAAUAUUAACAGGAUUAGGACACACCUUUGUACUACAGAUGGCUUCUGUUGGCGUGGCGCCUACAUCUGGUUUAAGAGAGUCUAGUGCUGCUGCUGUUGAUAAGUUACCUGAGGAGAUGAAUGACAUGAAAAUUAGAGAUGACAAAGAAAUGGAAGCAACAAUUGUGGAUGGUAAUGGAACAGAGACAGGGCAUAUAAUUGUGACAACUAUUGGUGGUAGAAAUGGUCAGCCAAAACAGACAAUAAGUUACAUGGCUGAACGAGUGGUUGGACAUGGAUCAUUUGGAGUUGUCUUCCAGGCUAAGUGCUUAGAGACUGGUGAAACUGUUGCUAUAAAGAAGGUUCUUCAAGAUAAGAGGUACAAGAACCGUGAGCUGCAAACAAUGCAUCUUCUUGACCACCCAAAUGUUAUAGCUUUGAAGCAUUGCUUUUUUUCAACAACUGAAAAGGAUGAACUUUAUCUUAAUUUGGUACUCGAUUAUUUUCCUGAAACUGUUCAUCGUGUGAUCAAGCACUAUAACAAGUUGAACCAAAGGAUGCCAUUGAUAUACGUGAAACUUUAUACAUACCAGAUAUUUAGGGCAUUGUCUUACAUCCAUCAUUGCAUUGGUGUGUGUCAUCGGGACAUUAAACCUCAAAACCUUUUGGUAAAUCCACAUACACAUCAGGUUAAGCUAUGUGACUUUGGAAGUGCAAAAGUCUUGGUGAAAGGGGAACCAAACGUAUCCUACAUUUGCUCAAGGUAUUAUAGAGCACCUGAGCUAAUAUUUGGAGCAACUGAGUACACUACAGCCAUUGACAUCUGGUCUGCUGGCUGUGUCCUUGCUGAGCUGUUACUUGGACAGCCUCUAUUUCCUGGUGAGAGUGGAGUCGACCAGCUUGUUGAGAUUAUUAAGGUCUUGGGCACUCCAACUCGAGAGGAAAUUAAGUGCAUGAACCCUAACUAUACAGAGUUCAAAUUCCCUCAGAUUAAGGCUCACCCAUGGCACAAGAUAUUCCAUAGGCGGAUGCCUCCUGAAGCUGUUGAUUUGGUGUCAAGAUUACUCCAAUACUCUCCUAAUCUCCGUUGCACUGCUCUGGAUGCCUUGAUCCAUCCUUUCUUUGAUGAGUUGCGCGAUCCAAAUGCCCGCUUGCCUAAUGGUCGUUUCCUUCUGCCACUAUUUAACUUUAAAUCUCAUGAACUGAAGGGUGUUCCAGUAGAGAUUUUGGCGAAAUUGAUUCCGGAGCAGGCAAGAAAGCACUGUCCUUUUGUCGGAUUGUAAUUUGAUGCAAAAUGUAACGAAGUAGCAAAAGUGUAUUAUCUUAUGGAAGCUGUGUUGUUUCCGUAUCUAUGCAAAUAUAUUCUUGUAUGCCUGUGUUGUGUUACCUUGUUACGAAAAAGCAGAUUUAGACAUAAUCCCCCGUCCUGUCCAAAUUUAAAAAUAUAUUUCUGUAUAUCGCAACAGAUUUUAACUUCCAUAAUAGAUGGAAACAAACAUUUACUUCGAUGUGUUGUAUGUAAUCUCAGAGAAGGAAAGAUCCCAAUUUAUUUGAAUGUGCAUCUGUUCUGGACAGCAAUUUAAGAAGGUUAUUUGUGGAUUUGAAAGUAGUUUUUGGACUCUUUUUAAGUCUCAAGCAUGCUGUUACUGGCUGGCUUUGGGCACUCUCUGGACUGUCCUGUCUUUUCCUGAUCGGAAAUUUGGAUAUCAAAGUUACUGUGUAUUACGCCGCGAACCGCAAUGGCCAUUAUUAUUAGUCUAAGCAUUUUUUUUCCUUUUGCCUGAGGCUGUGUUAUUUUGAAGUUUUUGUUUCUUAACAUUACAGUGUGAAUCGCAAUGGCAAUGUAUGCUUGGUCGAAAAAUGCUUUUGAAAGAGAGUAGCAUUAUCUUGAGAAAUUAAUUGAGUAGAAGUUGAAAACCUUUGAUUUCCUCCUCAACUAAAACUGGUGGGAGAGUUGAUAGAUCUGGGUUUACUGGAUUAAUUCAUUUGGAUUGUUUCCUUUUUCCUCUUCAAGGAGUUUUGUCAGUACGGAGAUAACCGCAAAUGCUUCCAUCCAAAGAAUGAUUCACAAAGUGCAAAGCCUCAAGCCACGUGUCACGGGUUGCACAUUUUUUAGAUCGAAACUACGUGUUUAUGUGGCAUUAAGAUUACUUAUAGUCAAUGUCAAUCUUUCUGGAGCCUAUUUUCUCAUGAAUAGCUUGAUAUCGAUCCUUUAAGCCGUAUACUCAUAAGUAUUUUCUAGCUCCGACUAUGUAAGGUCACACCUUAAUGGGGAGGAACCUAAGUCCAUCGACUCAUUAGCUCACGAUUCUUAAAGUGACCCUAAGACCCUUCUCUACUCGUAAGCAUCAAGAUCCUGGGCAUCGACCUUCGAAUUCUCCUCAGGGUCUGUAGCCUCGAUUCUUAUAAUAUUAUUGCUUUUUAGCAUGGUGAGAACUCAACACCAUGCUCGCUCGUAUCGUACGUAUACUUUUAUGUCAAAAUCUCGCAAGCACAACAUACAUGCUGAUCAACAGUUAACUUGGAGCCUCUACGCUCAUCUCAUCCAACGAAACUUAUUUCUUAAGGCUUUAGCCUUUAACCGCAUUUUAGGCUACCCGCAUGCAUGAUGGACAUUCAACAUCAUGCAUGUCCCAUCUCAGGGACUUGGGUGUGCUACCUCAGGUGCAGCACCCCUCUACCAAUUGGCUAUUAAGGUCUACCAGUGUGACUGCUUGCUAGCCCGCUUAUCCCUCAAGCUCGAUGGUGCCUUUCCUACACAAACACCAUCUCAUGAUCUUUCUUACUCAAGGAAGGGAAAUCGAAAGGCAUAAUGAACGUUACCGUUUAACCUCAUGAUUUAACGCAAAGGCACGAUACAAGACCUGUCGACCUUAACUGUCCUCGGGUUUACCGGUCUUAACCGUCCUCGAGUUUACCAUGACUCGAAGAGACAUUACGUCACACUUGCAACCCUACGAUGCCCACCCACCUAGACAUCACAUGUGCCUGAGAAUAGCUCACUUCAAACUAAUCAGGCCCUCGCUUGCCCGUUAGCCAAGAGGGUGGUGGAGAGCUGACACUAGUUGUCCCCUAUAAAGAGCGUAAGAGCUUUUCCAAGCCUCUUACUACGAAUUGUAAAAAUGUUUGAAAUGGAGACACUUUUUUCCUUAGACAUCUCAAGGCUUUUCUUCACCCAACUCAAGGCCUAGUGAUUUUUCUCUUAGUCACCAAAAUUCUAGCAUUCCACUUAUUGCCCCACCAACCCACAUGAAGGUGCCCACACACGACUUCGACCAACAGUACCCGAUUGGGUAACUAACUCCAACGCACCUGUCCACUGACUUGUACUUGCCCACACAUCUUGGGCCCUAUGGCUCACACUACCCACACAUAAUAUUAGCAACAUGUUCCUAUGCUUAAAAUACCCACACACAGCUCUAGAACCACUAUCCCGUCAAUAAGGCCUUGACUGCUGCUCCGCUCAGGGUCACUCAUGGAAAGACUGAAGCACACCAAGGCCUAACCAUGACACUCUCCCUGUUUACUAUGUCAAUGCCCUCAUCAACGCCAAGAGCAUACCUAACUCUCUUACUGUACACAGUUGACAUUUUUCAUGUCUCCCACUUAUACCCUCAAAGAUUGAGUCGAGAUCCCGUCACAUGAGGCACUGCCCAUAAUACCCAUCCAUUGUCGAUGUAGAGGGAUCCUGUCAACUCCAAUGCACAUCUGUGCUGAUUUCACUUUUGGUUUACACUUAAUCCAUUUCUUGUACAUGUCACUACACUAAUUCACCCAUGAUCACAUCAUGUUGUGACCUUGAGACACCUUUGUCAAACAUGAUUCUCAAUAGAAUGAAUGACCAUCUACUUUGCCACACAUUGGUAUGCGCCAUUAGACGUGACCCAUCACACCAAUUGCACCUUUACAGAAUCGACUCUUCGAUGAGCCCCUUUGGACGUGAUGCUUAGGUCAACCGCACUCAUACGAUACCACCCAUGAUAGACCGUAGCAUGGUGGCAUUUAAACACUUCGAUCAUCUCACAACUAAGGUCCUUUUUUGGCCUCUCCAAGGUCCCCUCUCUAGGUGUGACCCUUUGGCCAACUACCCUUGUAGCGACAUCUUAAUGCUCGCUAUCUUGAACUCAAUUUUAGACUCAAACACAGUUUCAAUACUUGUAGGCUCCACUACCUUGGCUUGAUUCCACAAGGAAUCAUAAAUAUCCCCCAUUUUUACUCGAACUCAGCUCUGUACGCAACCAUAUCUCCACAAUGGUUCCACAAUCACUUGCCUUGACUCUGGUAUAGCUCACAAAGGGCAACUUUAAGCCCACUCGAUGCUCAAGGAUCUACAAAUCGACUCAAUCUCAGGGUUUACUAACCUACUCAGCAUUCAAAGUCUAUUGACCCGCUUGGACUCAAGGCCAUCUCAUUGGCCAACAUCUACUCAAAUCCUAAUCAGCUCAAUCACCAUCGGCUUAUCCUUUGCAUUGCUUAAACUCGUCCAGCCCACUGAUAGGAUGUAACUCAAAUGGCAAUACCAUCGACUUACUCAACUCGAUUGAUCUUCUGACUCAUACAUCUCAAGGCCUUGUUAACUGGCCAAUUCCCACUUGCUCGUUUUACUAGACUGCACACUGUUGUGAUUUACUAACCACCACAUUUCAUAAGGCCAUUUCUUUCGACCAACACCAAACAUAGUUCACUAACUAACAUAAUCUCCCCAUCCUCUGACCCCAAAAACUCAUGGGCUACCAACUGUCACAAACUCAUGGCUUCAAUCUUCAGCCAACUCAAACUUAUCUACCUCUAUAGAAUGGCUCCACUUUUAGACCUAAAUACUCGGCUUGUACCCUAUUAGGGCACUUGCACCACACAAAAAAUGCACACGUUAAUAAUUGAUCUCAUUACGCAUGACUUAUGUCCCUCAAGACAAAACUUGCUUCGACCACAUGGCCUUACUCGACACCAUUUCAUGGUGUAAGGCCUUUUUGCAUUUCGAUCUCAUCAUGGUUUUCCCAUUGUAAAGGCAUUACAUGCCCACAUGCACCAACACCUUCCGCUAGGUGAGGCUCGAUUCUUGUGCCCUUUUGCUUGACAUCCAAGAGCCUACUCGAAAUCUUUCCACCCAGGCCAAUUUAUCCUAUAGCAUGCAUCGUUGGCUCAUUCCCGAGCCUUCAUAGCCACAAAACUGCAUUAGCAUCUCGAUAGUUCUUUUUUAGCUUAGCACUACCUUAAUAUCACAUUAUCAUGCUCAUACCUGAGGCUGCAUUAAUCCCACUAUUGAGUUAAACUAGGCUCUGAUACCAAAUAUCAUGGGCCGUGCAUUCUUUAAACCGAAACCACACGUUUGUACGGUACCAAGACUACUCAUAGUCAAGGUCAACAUUUCUCGAGUCCAGUUUCCCAUGGAUAGCUUAAUAUCGAUCUUUCAAGCCACAUGCUCAUGAACAUUUUUUGGCUCUGAACCCGUAAGGUCGCACCUUGAUAGGGAGGAACCCAACUCCCAUCAACUUAUCAAACCACAAUUCUUAAGAUGGCCCCGAACACCCAUAUCUAACCUGUAGGGAUCAAGGUCCUUAGCACCAACGCUUGAAUUCUCAUAGAAGCCUACAACCCUAGUCCUCAUAAUAUUAUUGCUUUCUGACAUGGUGAGAACCUAACACCAUGCUCGCCCGCAUUGUACGCAAGCUCUCAUGCCAAGAUCUCGCAGACACAACACAGAUGUUGAGUAACAGCAAGCCCAGAGCCUUUAAGCUCAUCUUGUCCCAUGAAACUUACUUCUUAGGGCCUUAGCCCUUAGCCUCAUUUUAAGCAACUCGUAUGUAUGAACACUCAGCAUCAUGUAUUUCCCGUCUCAGGGACUUGAGUGUGCGAUUCUAACCACAACACCUCUCUACCGAUUGGCCACUAGGGUCUAGCAACGUGCCUGCCUGUUAGCCCACUCAUCCCUCAGGCUCGAUGGUGCCCCUCCUACACAAAUACCAUUUCAUGAUCCUUUUGGCUAAAAAAAAAAAAACUGAGAGGCAUAGUAAAUGCUACCGCCUAACCCAUGGUUCAACGUGAAGACGCGAUAUGAGGCUUGUCAGCCCCAAUUAUCCCUGGGUUUACCAUGACCCGAGGAAACAACGUGCCACACAUGACCCUAUGAUGCCUGCCCACUUAGACACCACAUGUACUUAAGAGUAGCUCACUUCAGACUAGCCAGGCUUGUGCCUGCCUGCUAGCCAAGAAAAAGUAAAGAGUUGGCACUAAUCAUCACCCUAUAAAGAGUGUAAGAGCUUUUAGGCCUUCUAUCAAGAAUAGUAAGAAUGUCUGAAAUAGGGACACUUUUCUCAUAAGCCAUCUCAAGGCCUUUCUUCACCCAACUCAGGGCCCAGUGACCUUCCUCUUGAUCACUAAAAUUCCAGCAUUCCACUCGUUGCUCCAUUAACCCGCACAUGGCUUCGAUCGAUAGCACCUGACUGGCUAACUGGCUCCAAGGUGCCAGCCCACUAGCUUGCACUUGCUCGUGCAUCUUGAAGCCUGUGGCUCACACUGCCCACACACAAUAUUAGCAACAUGUUCUUGUGCUUAAAAUGUUUGCACAUAGCUCUAGGACCACUAUCCUACCAUCAUGACCUCGACUGUUGCUCAGCUUAAAGGUAGUCAUGACAAAACUAAGGCACACCAGGGCCAGACCAUGACAUCGCGCCUGCUUCCUUCUUAAUUAGUUCAAGUUUGAAAUAAUACUUUGGCUACUACAUGUACAUGACAAUGCCAUCAUGGUUGGAUUGAGUAGUUAUUUACUUCAUAGCAUCAAUCAAAAUUCAAAGGUGCAAGGUUGGCGCACGAGCUUAUUACACCCAUCAUUCUUCCCCCCUCUACAGAAAACUUUAGGUGGGGUUGCAUUGCAUGAGAGUGACCUGGUGUAAAAACUGAACAACAUUACUCUAAUAAUCAAGUCAAUUUACUCAUUAGAUAAUGCAGAAUGUUGACAUGGGAAAUAAUUGAAUGAUGCAAAUUUGCAGAAACAGCUCAAAAGAAAACAUUAUAACUUGUUCUGUUAUUUUGAGCGUAACGGACUGCUUCAUGCACAUUGGUGGACCUAUACCAUUCACACGAAAACUGGAACUACCCCAUAACCCAUCCCUUACAUUCUGAGACAGAGGACUACUGUUAAUCUGAAUAAAAAAAAAAAAAAAAAAAAGCAAC